AUGUUGCUGAGAAGCUCAUCUAUUCCAGUUCUUGGAUCCCUACUCUCAUCCUUAUCAGAAAUUCCCUACAAUAAUCACUACCAAUAUGAAGCGCCUAAUGCUACACCAACUUCCAUUCAUCAAAAACUCUCUUAUGGAUCUCAGCAUCACCCUAAAUCUUUAUGGCAUUCGUCUCCCUCGAGCACCAGCCAAAGUUCUCCGAGUGGAUUUCAAAGAGUUCAAUCUGACGGAAACUUGGAAGAAUUAGCCAAUGUGGACGAGUUUAGUUUCUCCAACUGUAAGAGAAAUUUGCGCGUAAAACUAACUGCUCCAGGUUGGAGCCAGUCCCAUCUUUCUCGUCGCGCAACUUGGAAACUUGUCAAGAAGAUGAAGACAGAGACAAGGACGAUGAAGAGGAAGAGGAAGAAAAUGAAUGGGACGUCGAAAGUAUUGAGGAAAACGGAAGAGCGCUACAAGAGAAUGCUGGAGGAAAGUCCAUGCAAUCCUUUGUUUUUGAGAAACCAUGCUCAGUUCUUGUAUCAAACAAAAGGAGACCUUCAAGGAGCAGAGUAUUAUUCCAUGGCUUCAACAACUGCUUAA